CACACAUGAAACAUAUACAGUCCAUCGAGCUGGUCGGUGGUGGUCAACUCUGAGAGAGAGAGAGAGAGAGAGAGAGAAUGGGACAACAUUCGUGCUGCAAUAAGCAAAAGGUGAAGAGAGGGCUAUGGUCGCCAGAGGAAGACGAGAAGCUGAUAAACUACAUUACUACCUACGGACAUGGCUGCUGGAGCUCUGUUCCCAGGCUCGCUGGGCUGCAAAGGUGUGGGAAGAGCUGCAGGCUGAGGUGGAUAAACUACCUGAGACCAGACCUGAAACGUGGCACCUUCUCAUCUCACGAAGCUGCUCUUAUCCUCCAUCUCCAUUUCAUCCUCGGCAACAGGUGGGCACAAAUAGCAAAGUAUCUGCCAGGAAGAACAGACAAUGAAGUGAAGAACUUCUGGAAUUCAAGCAUCAAGAAGAAGCACCACUUCCAUCGCCAUUAUCAUUCCCACUCCUCCUCCAAUCUCCCUCCUCCUCUUCUAUCCUCCUCCAUUCAUAACCAUAAUCAUAAUCAUAAUAGCAACAACAACAACAACGCAGUUUAUGAUCAAACCCCCGGCCUCUUCUAUCCCACUCUCAUGAACCCUACUUCUUCUUCUUCUCCUCCUCCUCCCAUCCAAACAACCCAUCAUGAUGAGACCAUGAUGAUGAUGAUGAUGAUGAUGAAUCAAAAUGGGAAUUGUUUGGUGGUCCCCAGCGACCCCACAUGGUUUCUUGAAUAUCAGCAGCCACCUGAUAGUAUUAAUAAUAAUAAUAAUAGCCCUACUCCUACUCUUUCAAAACAAGACAACUAUUCCUUGUUCUUCACUAAUAACAACAACAAUAAUGAAGAACAUAUCUCCGGCGCCCGGGCUUUCGCCGCCGACGAUGAUCCGGUGAUGUUUCCUGCGCUGCCUAAGCCCUGCGACAUGAUGAUGAUGAUGAAAGAUAAUAUGGAGUGUGGUCUACUGCCGCCAUUGAUGAUUCCUUCAUCAUCUUCCUCCCAUUCGAGCAGUAAUGCCGCGGUUGCGCAGUCGUCAGAAAUGCACGUGCCUCCGGCGGCGGCCUACCCAUUCCCAUCACCGCCGCCACCGUUGUCUUUUGAUGAUGGGCAGCUGGGGAAUCAGCUCAUUGCAUUUCAACCUUAAAUUAAAUCAUGCAUGCAUGCAUGUUCUAGUGCCAUGCACGAUCAAUAUAUAUUUGCAUAUGUGUGUUGUGUUAUUUUGUUUCAUUAUAAAUACAUAAAGAAAGAUUAAUAUUGUUCGUUGAUGCUAAAGUGAAUGGAACUUUGUAUAAAUUCCUGUGUUGAAUAAUAAUGUUUUGGUGUGUGUACAUCAAUUUGUUGAACUUGUGUUGUUUGUAUGCCCAAGCAGGUGAAGUGUGUCGUCAACUUGACCCCAAAAUAUAAAUGUCACUCAAUAAUAAAUUGCUUUUGGCAUU